AUGGUGGGGAUAGCUCUAAAUCGUGGUAAGACGGGAAAAGGUCUGGGUAAAGGAGGUGCCAAGCGUCACCGCAAGGUUCUCCGGGAUAACAUCCAGGGUAUCACGAAGCCCGCAAUCCGCCGUUUGGCCCGUCGUGGCGGAGUGAAGCGAAUCUCUGGCCUCAUCUACGAGGAAACCCGUGGUGUACUGAAGGUGUUUCUUGAGAAUAUUAUCCGGGAUGCCGUAACUUACACCGAACACGCUAAGAGGAAAACCGUGACCUCCAUGGAUGUCGUAUAUGCACUCAAGAGGCAAGGUCGUACGUUGUAUGGAUUCGGCGGCUAG